CGCUUUUCGUUUAUGAAUGAGACGUGGCCAUGAUUCAAACUUGACCCACUUCAUUACAAUUGAGUUGCAACGUCUCAUUCAUGUCUUUGGGUUACUCGCGAAAAAGUACGUAACUGUCCUCAGGCUCAAACUAUGAGACUUUUGUAAAAGGUUCUAUUCUAAUUUGUUUAAAAUUGGUGUAACUAACAAAUAACUAUUCAUCUAAUCUUUCAUUUUUAUUUGUUUAUGUUUUACUUACUCAUAAAGCAAAAGAGAUAACUUGUAGAUCUCGUACUCACUAGUACUUCGUUAUUGGAUUAAUGAGCAGCAUACUGUACUUGCGUAACUGGUCUAACGUUCUUUGAAAUUUAUUUAUAUAGCCUUAGGUAACGAAGAAGCCGGUAACAAAAUAAACGCAGGUACGCAAGUGGGUACGAUUACAACACUGAGAAUCUCGAAUUAAAGUUACUUCACCAAGGUGCGUUAAGCACAUUUAAAAAAGACCGCGAAUAAAAUGUUAAUUGAAAGACCUAUCCAUGGAUUCUUUCGUCUCCAUUAUUUAUUGUUGAAAGUUUCAGGCCUUUUCUGGCGAUUUACAAACAAUUAAUCCCUUUUACGCAAUUCUUUUAAGUUCUCUUCGUGUUUCGUACGGUUUCUUGGUUUUUUACGUCUGUACCUACUCUCGUGAAUAAUUACUUAUUUCGACGACUCUGUGAAUCAAUCGAUAGAAUAAAUAAAUAUGUUAGGGGAUAAUGCUGCAGAUGAUCUUAUAAACUCUGAUGUUUUCAAAGGAGGAUUUUCGGAUUUCAAUAACCAAGGUUUUCAAAAUGUAUCCAUUUCAUCAGAUCCUACGACAGCGAAUGCUGAUGUUAAUGUUAAUACUGAUGCUGAUGCUGAUGAUGCUGAUGAUGAUGAUGAUGCUGGCGCACAUGCUUAUUCAGUAGGUGUGAAUGAUAAUCCUCCUUCGGCUCCCGUCUUUGAGGCGAAUCGCUCUAUCGCUGAAGAUACAAUGAACUCCUCAAAUAGUUCUACAACAGGACGAGAGCGCGCAAAUAAGGAUGAUCAACAAUAUUUAAGGAUAAAUAUUGUAGAAAUUGAAGCUGAGAACUCUAAAGAUCCUGUUAUCAAGAUGAAUAUACGGGCGAACAUUCAUGGAUAUCGUUCGAAAAUAUACAAAAAUGUGCGAAGGACCCAUGGAGAAAUUGUAAAGCUUGCACGUUAUUUUAUGUCCACUCAUCCAGAAUGUCUAAUUCCUGCUGUUCCAGAGGUUUUCACUUCAGCUGGUAGCGGUAGUAAAGAUGAUAUGCAGUAUAUGAUCAGUGGUUUACAAAGUUGGCUGAACUAUGUCGCAAUGAAUCCAAACUUACUUCAUGAUCCAGAAUUAAAACUAUUCGUUGAAAGUGAUUAUGGUUAUUCUCCGUUAAUAAACACUGGGAAUCCUACGUCUGGUCUCAAAAGGAAAGCACUGAAACAGCUUCCUUUGCCUCCAGACCCUUGCGAGGAAUUGGCGACAUUACGUCCAGUUGUUAAGUCCUUUUACAGGAAUACCAAAGAUACUGAAACCAAGUUGCAAAAGCUAGUUGCUCGAAAACAAGCCUUAGCACAAUCGCAUAUCGAUUUAGGCCAGAGCAUGAUAGACUAUGCUUCUGUAGAAGAUCAUACAGGUUUAGCAAAUGCCAUAAAUCGUUUGGGUAAAAUGCUUCAGACUUUAUCUGAUGUUCGGUUGAUGCAGUCUGCUACGCAGCUUGUUACGUUUGCUGAUACCCUUUCUUAUGCUUCCAACAAUGCAUUCGUUGCAAAGGAAAUUCUAUCAAAUAGACAUAUUUUGAUGCGAGACUUGAUUACUACCCAACAUCAAACAAAUUCCUGUCUUUCUUCCGCAAACCGAUUGCAAAGUAAUCCGAAGAUAAGUAAGGCCCGUACUGAUGAGGCUUUGGAAGCUCUUGAAGUAUCAAGAUUAAAUGAAAAAGCCCUUUCUCAAAAACUGACUUAUGUGACCUUGAAUUUACUUAAUGAAUCCAAGACAUAUAAAAAACAAACUUCCCUUACAUUACAGGGGUCUAUUCGUAACUUUGUGGAGAAAGAGGCUUGUUACGAGCGUCGAAUUUUAGCUACUUUAGAGUCUAUGCGGCCUUACAUCCGAAAUAUUGAUUCUAUGGGAGGUUUAUCUCGUUUGGGCCGCGAAGGAUUUCCUCGUAGAUUAAGUAAUCCUCCUCCUAGCCAAAAAUUAAAUCAAGAUGCUUGGAACAAUCGUAAGCGGUCUGCUUUUUCACACAAAUCAGAUGUCUCCUCCCAGGCUGGGAUUGGAUCUUCAAACGUAAGUGAAAGUACUAAUGCUACCAAUGAUGGGGAUAAUCUUACCGAAAGGCAUCGAGGAGCGGAUAAGCUGGAUCCCAAGAGCGUUGCUAGUUUAUUAAACGCUAUUUAGGGUUUAAUUAUAACCUAGAUGAUGAUCAUGUUUACGAACUCAAUUAAUUUCAUUGUUUUUUUUUUUAGCAUUAUCUAUUGUAUAAGCAAAAUGUAAAAAGAUCUAUGGGUUUCGUUUAUGUGUAAAUUAUUAUGUUAAUAUUCCCUUACCACGUUUCUUGAAAGAAUCUUUUUUCCUUCUCAAGUUUUUUCAAAAACUCAUAACCUUCCGAUAUACCCUCUCCUGAAUAUUUUGAGAUGAUGCCUGCUAUGGCAUCACGAACAGCAUUUGGCAUACUUCCAGAUGAACCACAAACGCAAACCAUUCCUCCUUUUUCAUGCAGCAAUUGGUAUAUCAUUUCUUCUUGUUCUUGAAUUUUAUGUUGUACAUAAACUUUUUUUUCUUGGUCACGCGAAAAAGCACAAUAUACCUGUAAAGAUCCCGUGUCCUUUAACCUUUCCCAAUCUUCUCGAAGCAGAUAGUCCAUCGAUUCUCUUCGACAUCCAAAAAACAAAACGUUGUUCUUAAGACCAAGGUUUACACGCUCCUGAAUCAAACACCGUAAUGGUGCGACACCAGUUCCAGGUCCUACUGAAAUUAACGGUUUUUCUACGGUAUAAGGAAGAGAGAGAAAUCCUGGUAAUAUGUCGAUGUUGAAGGAAAGACCUUGAUCAAGGUUGAAUAACCACCUACUACAAACUCCCUGUCGGGGUUCUUUAAGAAUAGUUUGAUAUUUCACCAAGGCAAUAAUUAACUCAAGUUUUCCUUCAAUCUGAUUACAACGGUUAGCGAUGGAGUACUGUCGGCCACGAAUUAUG